AUGCAAAUGAUGACGAAAGAAUUGGAACAAACCACGGCUGCCAUGAAAGAGGAAAGAGAUAAAUUGGAAGCCGCACGGGUCGAAUUGCAAAACAUGGCGAGGAAAUUACCGUUGAAUAAAUCGAGAGUCGAUAGUUUGUCACCCGACGACGAUGAUUCGGAAAUGGAGCCGCCAUGUUUGAAACUUUCAAGCGUUGAUUCGGGCUACAGGCCUUUGUCGAGAGAAAAUAUUCAUUCACCUCAUUCGAGUCAUAAUAAUGCUACUACCUCGACGAAUAAAGGUAAAAUUAGGCAACAAACCGGAAACGGAAACGUUCCAUCAUCAUCGGGAUUGGAUAGGCAGUCUAAAAACGAUACGCUCUCGAGAUGCUCUCAUCCAUCUUCUUCCGUCGGUGGUUCUCAUAAUUUGACGCGAGAGUCAAGAUGGAGUCCGUUGUCGUCGGUGACCAAUACCAAUGACAGAACAAAUUUUUCUCUUCAGGCUCAAAAUCAAAUGGAAAUGUCGGGAAAUUUUUGCGAUUACGCACUCAUGGAAACCAUCAAACCGGAUGAAAUAUCACUGCAGGGAAUGUUUCAACAGCAUCAAAUGUUGACAAAGACGGUUGCUCAAUGUUCUCAAUUGCUUUGGAUACAACAAAAACAAAUAAUCGAACUUCGAAACGCUCUCAUGUUUCAAAAUGAAAAUUAUUCAAAUAUAAAUUUUCCGACUUUUCCGACUUCGUCGUAUUAUCACGGCGCAUCGCAUUCGAAUUAUACAAAUCAAUUUUCCACGUUUCCUCCACAUGUUCAACAACAACAACACCAUCAUCAUCAUCAUCAAAAUCCUUUAAAUAAUAAAUCGAAUUACAGAGGGGGAGGGGGAGAGUCGUCGACGUCAUCGUCGAACGUUCCUAAUCAGGAAAUCCAGGAACAACAACAACAACAACAGUAUUUAAAUCAAGGAUUGAUUAAUUUUUCGGUGCCGGAUAUCAUGGACUACGAUAUGAACAGGAUGGGAAAUGUGAAUCGGAUAAACAUUCCGUCGCACGGGAAUCAAAAUCAAAAUUCCGGGAUGAAUAAUAGAAAUCCAAACGGGAUCGGUUGUUUGAAUCCCGAUGAUUCGGGAUUAGCUUUGAAUAAUCAAGUACCUCCAGGGAACAGGGCAAACAAUUACUGGGAUAAUUUUCGAAGUUAUUCUCGUCAAAACUUACUUUCACAUACGAAAUCCAACGAGGGAGCAGAAGCCCUGCGACGUCCCACAUCUGUGGCCACUCAAAUGAGGCAACAGAGGGAUUUAUUAUCGUCGCAUAAUAAUCAGUCCGCCGGAAUCGGGACGUCUCAACACCCGAGUCAAACCAUUGGAAACGCAGAGUCGUCAACACACAGAGAUCAUCAGUAUUUAUUUUCUUCUAGUCAAAACGUCGGAAUGAAUCAUCACGGCCAUAUAAGUAGAACUCGUUCUUCGGAUUCUCAAGGAAAUAACGAUUCGAGGCAUUUUAACACGGCUUCGAGGAAAAACGAAGGGAUCGGAGUAGGCGGAGGUGGCGGUGGUGGUGGUGGGGGAGGAGGAAUAGCAAGAACGAGAAAUCCCGAACCUGGAUGUUCUGAUAAUUUAAGAAGCGUUCGAAACGACGUGAAUCAAAAUUUGAACACGACAGCUCACAAUUCGAGUCAAAUGGUUGAAAGGACUCGGGGAAGAAAAGAAAGUUCUGCUGCCACGACUCAUUUGAACAACAGGGGAUAUAACAAUUCUAACUUGUGGGAUAACAUAUCAUCCGAAGUGUCAAAUUUCAUACGUUCGAACGAAGCGAGACCGCAAUUUUUAAUUCAAUUAUUCAGGGGUCUUCAACAAAUCACGACGGAUCCCCUACGGGAGAGAACGUUGGAAUCGAUACAGGAAACGGUUUGUGCGAAUAACCUCUCGGACAGAUCCUCGAACACGAGCGGAAAUUUAAAUCUAAUAGAAAAUCGAAACAACAUACGUGAAAACCGUUCGAAUUUGAACAGGAAUCUGUCGGAAGAUCCGAACAGAAUAGAAGCACUCUUUUGUCAACUCCGUGAAAAUCAAAACACGAUAAGGCAAAACAUCGGAAUAAGUUCUUUCGUUUUGGGCGGUUAUAACAAUUUGGAAAAUCCAAACAUAUCAAACAUAAGGGAUUUGGCGAAUCCGAGGAGUAACAACAUCGUCAACGAAGAUUUGAGAGAUUUGAGAACGUAUUUCGAAGCGACCCUGUGUAAUUUCGGCGGAAAUCAUUCGACGUUGGAAAAUCCGAACGUGAGCAACAUAAGGGAAAAUCUAACGAGAGGCCAGGGAAUGUCCGACAACGAACAUCACGUUCCGAAAAAUUCUUAUUUGAAUAUUUGCGAUAAUCCCACGUUGGACCUGAGGAGAAACCUGGAACCGUCGGUCGCGUCAUCCGGAUUAGAAUUCACCAACGAUCCCGUUCGAUUGAGCAAUAAUCAAGUGGAAUCGGGAAGUAAUUUCGGCGAGAUGAGAGGAAACAGGGAUCAUCAUUUCCCAUUGGAAAACGAAGGAAGAAAUUCGAGUAACGCCCGACAAUUUCUCGCCAACGCCAACGACUCCGGCAUCGACAUUAAUUUCAAUAACGAAGAAAGAAAAAGAAAUUACGGAAACGAUGAGUCCUCGUCGUGUAACGACACAAACAACAAACAUAAAAAAAAUGAAGAGAGAACGGAAGGAGCGGGUCAUCACAGUUCAAUGAUGAUGGCACCCCCCCAAUGGGAUCGAAAUCAACCUGGAAUAAGAGAAAAUAACGCUUUCGAAUCGUCGACGUUCAAUCCGGUCGGUGAAAAUUCGUUCAUUCCCGUUUCCUUCCUACCCUCGUCGGACCGAACGGAUUUGGCAGAAGCUGAUCAAUCGAGAAACGACGAAAAUUCCGGUGCGGAAUCGGAUAACGACAUGUUGUUGGCUUCGGCAUCCGAACCGGAUAACGAUAUCGGAAACGCACAAAAUCGUCACAAUUUCGAUAAUUCUUCCAUUCCUCGAUCCGUGGCACAAUCGGAAAGUUCGGCGACGUCCACGAAAAGGAAUCAGGGAUUCGAAGACUGCAUGCAAAAUUUUCCGAUGGCGGAACCCACGAACGAUUUUUCCAUUUCGGGUCGGAGCAGAGAAUCGUCGGAAAAUAAUUUUUUUCACAUAAUCCCGGAAUCGGAGAGAAAUUUCACGGAAGCGAGAAAUUACGAGAGUAACGAAAACGCUGUCGCCGCCGCCGCUGCCGCUCUCGACUUUAUCAUGAAAAAAAAUUCAUCGUCCGGAGGACAAUCGGAAGAAAUGAAAAUCGGACUAGACGAAGCGGCGUCAACCAACAACCACAGCAGCAACAACAACAACAACAACAAUCAUCAAACGAUUCACAAUCAUCUGUACCCGAGUUCGGAAAGCGAAACGUCUCUCACCGGGACCAAAUAUCAAACGGCUGCGUGUAGUGCGGGAGCGACGGGAGGUGAAGACUGCGUAGAAGAAAGUGGAGGAUCGGAAACGAAAGAAGAAGACAUUGGAAACGGCGGUUACAUGAGCAAUUCCGUUUUGGAACACUACGUGGGUGGAACAUCGUCGAACGGACUCAUCAUUCAACAGGAUUACAAACUUUCCAAUUCAAAACCCUUGACUCAUUCGAACGCACUGGGACAGGGUGAUGGUUCGGAAGAAACGUAUUCGGAUUGGGAAUACAGCAGCGGAUUGGACGAAGUCCCGACUAAAUUGAAAAAGAAAAAGAAGAAAAUCGCAACCAAGUAG